AUAAAUCAGUCAUUAGUGAGCCAGGUAGAAAAAGAUCAAUAUGAUCAGAUAUUAGCGCUAUGAGCAGUAUUUAAAGCUAUUAUAUACUGUGUAUGUUUGAGAUUCCUGGCUAAUUUUAGUGUCGCAGUAUAAAGUCCACUUUAAUUUUUCCCAGCCGCAGUGAUGGGCCGGGCGCUGAGAAUUUUGUGGAACAAAUAAUCGCUUCCAUGUAAAUCUACACUUAUAUAUCGGUUUACCCCUAAACCUCGUCGAUAUAGAUUGCAAUGGCCAUCAGUAUAAAGACUUAUUGGCGUCCUUCCCUCGAGUUCCAAAGAUGCCGCGUAGCUUUAAUUCGAUCUCGCUAUGGAAUAGUAUCGGACCUGUCACAAUCACCACUAACGAGGAGCACUGAGACCGAGAUCGCUGACAGCAGCACAACACGCGACAGACUUCCAGCGGACAGGUUCACGGCAGCUUUCGUUCAUGCAGAGAGUAGUCAACAGUCGUCAUUUUAUCAUUUUUUGCUUUGAAAGGUUGCUCAUACUGAAGAGUCGUCUUGCAUUCAAUCAAAUCUCGAUUUUACCAGAAUCUCGUGUUUGCCACAAAGUAGGAGAGGUUUACAAGCAACGAUAGUACAUAGCAAUAAUGGCAGAACUAGAGAAUAAAUCGAAUGAACCAGGUGCAGACGAUUUUUUGAUCGCAGCCGACCUGACGCUCUACUCGAACCCCGUCAAUCGAUUUAUGGCCUCAGCCAAGGCGCAGAAGGCAGAGCAGCAGGCCAAACAAAAUGCAAUCAGUGGAAACAGCGGCAAGAAAGAGGAAACCGAGGCGCCAAAACAACAGCAUCAUGGUGCAAAGCACACUCGGGCAGAGGCGGAAUCUAUUGCAGCGGACUUGACGUUGUAUAGAGGACCGAUGGCUGCGCUUGAUGCCAUGCACGAAAACCAGAGGGUCCGUAACAUCCAGGACGGGAAAAGGGACGAUCAUCACCACUACAAUAAAAAAUAGUAAACAGAGUACAUUCGACAAUAGAUUAUACACAUAUAGCUAACUGCAAAUCGUGCAGGGUGCAUCACUAAAACUAUAAACCACUUUAUUCGGUCAAACCCUAUUCUCUUGUGGUUGUGAUUUUGUUCACUGUCUAUAGGCUAUACACCAAAGACAUCAUUUAGGCGUUUCAGAUUUGAGAACGAUAACUCGAGGAUUCCGGUGUGGACCUGCUCAGGGCACAAGAACUUACCACUUUUCAUAUUCCCGUCGUUUUCAUGAUCGCAUUUGUCGCUCAGGUGACGGCCGUAGAGCAUUCGCGGGACUGUUAUACUGAGUUUUUCUCAGCUCCGGCAGGCCAGGUCGGUGUGGGAAUGCAUUAAAAAAGUCAGAUGUCACGAGUUAAGGAAAUUUUUACCAUCUUUCAGAGUGUUGAACAAUUAUUUUCUUGCCCAACGUUCAGAAUAUGACAAAGAUACUCUUACAUAGCAGUAGGCUCAGUGUCUGUUAGGGAUAUUGAUACCCGUAAUUUACUAAGAACUUCUCAAUUCCAGUUUCUGCAUCUUGGCAGACGAUCGAGUAUUGCAUAAAACUUCAUAUUCAUAUUGAUCCGUAACUCGGAUGCGUUUCUUUGAUUACUCGCUUGAUAUAUCUGCAACAUGAGUUAUUCGUUACGUCACUAAAAGAUGACAGAUCGAUACAUGCAGAGAUUCGCUUCAAACUCCUUGUCAUUUUCUGUAUAAAUCCGUCCACUUACAAAGAAAUUGUCAAGAACUGACGAAUGGCUAUGUCGUCUGUGCCGCGCCGAUCCGGAUAAAUGCCAAAACGGCGGAAAACUCUCCCAUUUAGAUGGUUCGUGUUGUCCAACUGUAAAGACGUUUAAACAAUUCAAACCA